UGGGCAGCAUUCACAGUAACAUUUUCAUUGCGAACAAGUGCUCGUGUGGGUAAAUACAAAAAGCGUUUUUCUCCUGUUGCGUGCGAUCAAAUAAAUUCGGCAAUAUAAGCGGUUUACUCAGCUAUUGCACGCUACGUCAGUUAGCGUCGCUGCUAAGCAACAUGGAGGUCGACGGCGAUGAGCAGGAUGAUGCGCACACAUCGAUCUACGACGAUUCCCUGGAUUUUGGCUACUUCAAUAUGGCACACGGCAUGCUCGUCGAGAUUGCCGAGGAGCUGCGCGAAAAGUUUCCCAAUGAGCCGCGCAUCAAGUUCUCCCAAGUGAAUACCAUCUAUUUGGCGGCGCGCAGCAGCCAGAUGAUGCGAUUUGUUGAAGCUCUCAAUACGAUCAGCUCGGUCCCAAUGCAAACGCAUUUGGUUAAUACGAACUUUGAUCAGCCCGAUGGCCAAUCGCUGACGCCUCUCACCAUGGCCGCCAUGUCGGGCAAUGUGACAUUCGUGAAGACGCUGCUCUCGCACUACGACGUGGACUUGGAGCGGGAAUGUAAUGUCAUAUUUGACGGAUUGGUGGUAUAUGGAGCCACAGCUCUGUGGGUUGCCGCGGGCAUGGGUCAUCUGCAGAUCGUCAAGAUGCUGGUGCAGGCAGGCGCCUCCAUCAAUCACAAUACCAAGGCGCAGUCGUCGCCGCUGCGUGCUGCCUGCUAUGAGGGUCGCCUGGACAUUGUUGAGUUUUUGCUAGAGCAUGGCGCCGAUGUGAAUGCAACCAAUUUGUUUAACAACAAUACGCUCAUGAUUGCCGCCUACAAGGGCCACCAUCUGGUCGUGAACACGCUGCUGCAGAACGGCUCGCGGCCAAACGAUCAGGCGCUGUGCGGUGCAACGGCGCUGCACUAUGCCGCCGAGAGCGGUCAUCUGGAUGUGGUCAUUGCGCUGCUCGAUCAUGGCGCAACACUGCAAAAGAACGAGGCGGGCAUUACGCCAGCGCUGCAGGCGGCCGAACGGCUGCACGAGGAUGUUGUCGAGGCUUUCAUUCAGCGUCCGGAUCUGAUGAGCAAGGAGGAGCAAAUCACAGCGCUGGAGCUGCUGGGCGCCACGUAUGCCAAUGACAAAACCAAAUACGAUGUGAAUCGCGCCUACAGCUACCUGAUGCGUGCCAUGCAGCUGCGCUACAGCGAUCCGCGGCAUGUGGUGCGCAAGAAGGUGCAACAGCCAGUGCCCGCCUACGACAGCUGGUUCGAGACUGAAAAUCUGCCCGAACUGAAUGCCAUCAAGCUGAAUCAUCACUCCAUACACAUGGAAUCGCUGGCCAUACGCGAGCGCAUACUGGGCAAAAACAAUCCGGAGCUGCCGCAAGCCAUUGUCUAUCGCGGCGCCGUAAUGGCCGACCAGGGCCGCUUCGAGCAGUGCCAGGUGCUGUGGAACUAUGCCAUCGAUUUGCGUAUGCGCAACAAUGUUAGCGUGGAUCGUGAUUUGCUGCGUUUUGCGCAGCUCUUUGCGCAAAUACUGCGCGUCGAGAAUCAUCGCCUGACAUUGGACAAUGUCCUGCCCGUGCUGAUCAAGUGCCAGCAGGAGAUAGAUAACAACAAGCUGAAAAUGCUGAACGAUAAGCCCAACACGUGCGUCAGUCUGUUGCAGGAUCAGAACAAUCAGAAUUGCAUCACAGCGUUGUAUUUAAUUAAAAUAGUCACACAGCUGGCCCGACGCAAGAAGGAUCAGGACAUCAAUGAGGAGCAGAUACAGCAGCUAUUUCUAGUUGUGCGUAAAUUCAUACAGCACGACACGCGCCUCCAGGAUGGCCAAACGUUGCUGCAUCUCGCCGUGAAUGGUGUCACGCCCGUCGAUGAGUUCUAUACCAACGAAAUGUGCAAAUUUCCCUGCUAUGCAACCGCCCUGGUCUUGGUGCACUGUGGCGCCUCGGUUGUGGCUGUGGACGCCGCAAGAAACACGCCCCUCCACAUACUGGUGACCAAGAUAAACAGCUCACAGGAUCGCCAAGGCGAGAUGGCGCGCAUUUUACAGCUAUUUGUGGAGGCGGGCGCGCACUUGGAUGCGGUGAAUGCGGCGGGCCAAACGGCAGCUGCGGCCUGCAAGCAGGCUAACUUGGCCAAUCUGCUGCAUGGACAUCAGAAUGCGCACACGAGCCUCAAGUGCCUGGCGGCACGCUCCAUCGCCAGCAACAGGCUGAACUUUAGAGGCCUGAUACCCACACAGCUAGAGGCGUUCAUACAAAUGCACAGCGUGCACAAGGUGCUCGCAUAAAAGAACGCAACACAUGUAGCCAAAAAAGGAAUUGGGCCAAAAACAAAAACAGAAACUCAACUCAAGUCAUUAGAACUCUGUGUAUAUUUUGAGCCAAGACACAAUUCUUUAUGCAUACUAA